CCGUGUUCAGGGGCACACGUUGGGUAUCGCUGGUCUGUGGCUGUGCUCCGCUCACUCGCCGCGCCACACACACACCGCCUCUGCCGUGGUCAACAGCCACAGCGGAGGACUACCACACACUCACAGCAAUUCAGCUGGUGCCAUCGAGGGUGAUGGGAGGGGGAUGGGGGAGCCAGGGUGCUGCGCCAGCCAGCAGACGUCGGCCAUCUCUCGUCUUCCUCCCCCUGCUUCUGCUGUCCCUGCUUCUGCUGCUGCUGCUGGCCUGCAGCGCCACCGCGGGCGGCGCCCCUGGCGUCGUGGCCAGCCAUAACUACUGCGUCAUAGGGGCCGGCCCGGGCGGACUCCAGAUGGGCUACUUCCUGCACAAGGCGGCCAGGGACUACAUCAUCUUCGAGAGAGCCAACUAUUCCGGUAGCUUUUUCAGCACGUACCCCCGUCACCGGCGACUCAUCAGUAUUAACAAGCGCCACACUGGACGCACCAAUCAAGAGUUCAACCUCAGACAUGACUGGAACUCUCUUCUCUCUGAUGACGAGGGCCUUCUCUUCAAGCACUUCUCCGACGACUUUUUUCCUGAGGGGGACACAAUGGUGCGGUACCUGAACGAGUUCGCUAGGCGGCAGGGUUUGCGGGUUCUGUACAACACGGCGGUGCGGGAGGUGCGUCGCCUGCCCAGCUCCCCACAACGUCCUGGCAGUUCCUUCACCUUGCGGGACCAGCACAACCGUCCCUACACCUGCAGGUACCUGAUAGUGGCUACUGGUCUCGGGGUGCCUAACUCCCCGACCUUCCCCGGGUCAGACCUGGCCGAGGGCUACGAGGACAUCGACAUUGACCCCACGAACUACGAGGGCAAGAAUGUCCUCAUCCUUGGCCGGGGUAACGCGGCGUUUGAGACAGCCGACGCCAUCUACGGUGCGACCAACAUGGUCCACAUGGUGUCCCGCUCCCGGGCCAGACUCUCCUGGAACACUCACUACGUCGGCGACCUCAGGGCUAUCAACAAUGGCCUCCUGGACACAUAUCAGCUCAAGUCCCUGGACGGGCUGUUGGAAGCCUCUGUGGAGGACAUGGUGCUAGAGCGCCGAGAUGGACGAAUCUUUGUUCAGUUCCCCUGGGAUGCUGACACUCUCAAGCAGGUCCAGGCCAAUAAAGAGGCGGAGAGCGGGGGCGAGGAGCUGGUCACGGAGAACGACUUCGACAACUUCUCACUGCGCGAGGGUUACGACAGUGUUAUCCGCUGCCUCGGAUUCAAGUUUGACUUCUCCAUCUUUGACAACUCGACGAUGCCCAGGCGGUCAACAAAGAAGGCCAAGUACCCGGGGAUCAAACACACCUACGAGGCUCAGAACGUGGCCGGUCUCUACUUCGCCGGCACCGUCACCCACUCCCUCGACUACCGCAAGUCUGCCGGAGGCUUCAUCCAUGGCUUCCGUUACUCAGUGCGUGUCCUGCACCAGCUGCUGGAGUGGCGCUACGAAGGUCAGCGGUGGCCGGUGACCCUGCACUCCACCCGUGACCUUCUUAAUGUGGUGGUCCGUCGCAUCAACGAGGCCUCGGCCACCUACCAGAUGUUCGGGGUCCUCGCUGAUAUUAUUCUCCUCCGAGAUGGUGGCCAGAAUUUCGAAAUACUGAAGGAGUUCCCUGUGCACCUGCUGGCCCGCCUGGAGGAGUUGACGGGGCGGGAGGCCGGGGAGGUGAUAGUGGUCCUCAUGGAGUAUGGCCCUGAUUUCUCUGGCCCCGACAAGGACACUUUUAGAGCAGACAGGGCGACAGGCGACCCCUUGGAAGCCCAUCGCUCCAAUUUCUUACAUCCGGUCUUCUACUACUACAGAAAGCUCCCAACAGAAUCUGAUAUGAUGAAAAAGUGGGGUAAAAUGCCUCUGCCUCGCCCCACACGCGUCCACCACGUUUUGGAAGACUUUCUGACUGUGUGGACGGCCCAGCAGAGCCAUAUCCUGCCCCUGAGACGAUUCCUGGAAUUUGUCACCAGGAGAGACAUGCGUCACCACUACGCGCACUCCUGCCUCUCUUACGCACUCACCAACGGCACCCCACCUCCUUUCUGUCCUCGGGGAGGUUUCCAAAGCGUCUGGAGCAUUCACACACUCGCUUCCCCAGACACAGAGAUAUCUGAAGAAACUGAAUACGUUUCACGAACAAUAAAUUUGACCUCAGCAGUGCCAGCAUCAUUACGGCCUUCUCCUGCAGCAACGUUGACUUCAGCCACCUCCUGAAGACCUCGGUAUACAGAGGGCUGUAGGUUCUCUCCUGGGUAGACCAAGCAUGCCUUCCUUUGUAACAGAUUCGAGGGAAAUUCAUAAAUAUGGCGAAUUGUAAACAACUGUAAUUAUUGGAAAUAAACUCAAUGAGUUUGCGAUCUUAUACACCUAACCACAUGGCAACAUGAACACACACGAAGAUAUCUUAGGAUAUACAUACAAAGAAAUAACUGAAAGAUUAGAUCUCAAACACACAUAAACUUGCACAUGGCAUUUUGCACAUUAUAGACAGAACUAACAUAAACAAAUAAUUUAGAUUUUGAGGAAUAAGUGUAUCUCCUUUGGUUUGGUAUUGGGCUCAUGGUCUAACAACUGCUGGAGGGUUAUUAAGGCCAUCAUCAUAGUUAAUGACCAACUAACAAGCAUGGAAAAUGUAGUCAUAUAUUUUAAUAAAUAACAUUUUUAAUUGUUAAAACCUAUGAUAUUGAUGUUGACCAGAUGUUGGUCCAGGACGGACCGAAACGUCGUCGUCCCUUCAACUUCUAGUGUGUGGUCUGGUCAACUUACUUCAGCCACGUUGUGACUCAUCGCCCACCUAUGAUAUUGUUAAAAUUUUCAUUUUAAUGAUAUAAUUAAAAUUGUUAAAAAAUUAUAUCGAUCUUACUCAAAUCGUUUUUUAACUGAUCAAUCAGAAAUGUAUCUAAAUAAUACAAACCACUGCUAAUGUUCAAAUUGCAUGAUUUUGUAAUUUGUAUUAAAGCAGAUUCAAUAAUGUUUCUAUUGAAAUUAUAUUAUAUUUUUAACAGAAACAUUAUUGAAAGUAAGAUAUCCUUGUUGACUGGCCAGCAUGCUAUUUUGGUGGUCCAACCCCCCCCGCAAGGUUGUAAGCUCGUUAAGGCCAACGCUAAUCAAUCUUCUAUAACUGUAAGACAGGGAAGACCAAUACAACUUGCUCUAUGAUCUUGUAGAGUAAUCGUAACUUAAUAUAGCCAGUAUUAUGUCAGAAGAGUUAAGGGUAAGUACUGACAAAGUAAACAACAGGACCGGAAAGGUGCAUCUCUGAACGAUCUGUUCUGAUUGUCCGGCCAAGUUGUUCAUUAAUGCAGUAAACCAGUUG